GCACUCACGAAGUAUAUAAAGUUUAAUUUGAGAUCUCUGAAAGUUAAAUGGGGUGUAAAUAAACUUGAAAAAUGAAUCUAAAAAUGUACAUUAUAUUUUCUUUAACAUUUUGCUAUCAUAUUGGAGCCGCCAAAGGAGGUUGCAACCCAGACCACGAAAACAAUUGCUGUCAAGGAUUUUUCUUUGAGGAAAUUUCACAUGAAUGCAAAGAAUGUCCUCCGGGGUAUAUCGGCGUAAACUGUUCUAUGGCAUGUCGGUAUCCUGGGUAUGGUCAAUAUUGCCAGGAACAAUGUAACUGUUCACAGGAGUUGUGUGACAUAUCAACAGGGUGUCUCGAGGUUUUAUUACAAUUUUUUUCAACAAAACAUUGUAUACGUACUAAUGGUGUACUUUUCCUUGAUAUGCAUGUAGGUCACAAUCUUAAUUCACUAAAUCAAGAAAACGUGCUCCAAGAAAAUAAAUCUUCAGAAUCUAGGGAGGAGAACGCAAAUUGGAAUAUGGCGUCCCAGUUAACACCAAUUCUCAUUGGUAUUAUAGCUUUCUUGGCAUUCCUGCUAUUCGCUAUUGGUGCACGAAUGAUCUGGAAAAAGGUUCAACAGACCAACCCCAAGAUCGUUCAAAGAACGCGGGAGAUUCAAAGUCUUGAGAGAAAAUUAAAUAAAACAAAGGGAAAUGAAGAAGCAAAGGAAAACUUUUACGAAGACAUUGAUGGCCUGAAAACAGGAGAGAGCAGGAAUGACAUUUCUUCUCCUGAAAAUGAUUACAUCGACAAGCUGGAUUUCUUUGUAAAAGAAAAGUCUGACAAUCGAGAAUCCAAACAUUUUUACGAUGCUUUAAAAUGAAGAAAUGCUAUCCAAAAUGUUACUUUUAAAAAAAGCACAUAACAUUAUUGUAAGCAGACACCUAAAUUAAAAAAAAAUUAA